CCCUCCAAUGUCAGCUCAAAAUCCACCGCAAGGCGUACAGCCUCAAGCUGGACCAUCUACAGCUUAUCAUGGCCCUGUGGCCCCCAGUAUACCCGCUGCGAACCUUCAGGCUUUGGUGCUUCGGCUCACUCAUGCGAUUCACGAUAUUGAUGCGUUUCAAAAUCUCCUAGCUGCAGGAGCCCACAACGGCACUCUGCCCACCUGGGAUAACAUACUUGAGCGAUACACUCUCCUCUUGUCUCGCGUUCAAGCCCUGUCGACCUAUAUCCACAGACCGCCUCCUCAAACUGCAACCCCUCAUCCUACCGAACCGCCAUCCACCGAUCCGAUACUGUCCAAGUAUCUGGUCCAUCCGCUUAACCCUUUGGCUCCGGUAGGGACCGAACAAGGUGAUCAGAUAAAUCCGAUAGCACGAGAUAUAUUUGAAUGGGUCUUGUCGACUUUACCCAACCCGUCUCUGUCAGCGUUCGAAACGCAGCUCUUAGCACCGGGUCAACGCACAGAUUCCCAGACGGCUUGGAUGACUAUGGACGAACUGAAAGGUCUUUCAGAGCAGCAAGCGAAUGAUCUAUCCAAAGAGUUGAGGGACAGACUCAUGCGUGAGAGUCGACGAGCGGAAGCCAUGCGAGAGGAGAUUGAACGCAAAGAGGAGGAAAUGGACUGGGAGAUGAGGAUCUUGGAGGGUGAUAACGAUGAUGAUACUAUUGCCGAAGGUCAGGCAUCGGCAAAGACAGAGGCAGAAGGCGAUGCAAAGCCGGAUGUAGAAGGGGCAAAGAAGGAGCAAGAGGAAGAUCUCUUCGGAGAUGGUGAGGACGACUUUGUCAUGAUGGACGGCCCAGCUACAUCGACAAACAAAGAUGCACCAAAGCCGACACCGAAAAAGCCAGAAGAGGACCCUCAAGAACGAUGGCGGUUGGCGGAUUAUAUAACCUACAUGGACACUGGCAGGCUGCCGCAAGUAAAGGUCACGCAAGUAUGAUA